GAGAAAUGAUGCAGAAGAGACAGAGGACAAGCAAGAGAGUUCACACUCUCCCAGCUGUAAUUCUGUUUUAAAUGCAGUCUACGCAAAACACUGAUGUGUCGCCGCCUCCUCCCUCCCCACUGCACUCUCUCUCUCUGCUUUAUGUACCGUCUGCUGCUCUAAUCAGAAAGAGGAGAUUUUCUGUGCAGCAGUGUGGAUGUGUGAGCCAUGCCAAACAUAAAGCUACAGGUAAUACACUCUCAUACUUCAGGGGGAUUCUGUCUGCAACAGCAAGACGAUCGGUCUAUGAAGUGACUCCUCUUAUCUCUUAAGAUUCUUCAAAAUCGUUGCAUGUCGUCUUAAACCAGCUUUCAAACUGUGUGUACAUAAGAGAUUGAGUCUUGACCUAAAAGACAUACUCAACAUGCCUAUCACCAUUCAGAACGUCACCGCCACCUCUGCCAUCGUUAGCUGGCCGUCUUCUCCAGGCUGUGUGGACACGUUCUACAGCGUCAUGUAUCACCCUAACUGGAACAGCCUUCUGAUGGGUUACACGCGCAAGAGUUUCCUGCGCGAGGACAGGGUUCCCGUGAGCCAGACGUCUACCAGUCUGGGCGACCUCAGUCCUCAGACCACAUACAUCCUCUGUGUCACCUGCCAGUCUGCCAAUCCCACCAGAGAGCAGUGCCAGGUCUUUAGUACCCUAGAUGCAGACACUGAGCUCGGGGGGAGCGGCAGGGAGUUGGCGAUGGGAGUCUGGCUGGCCAGCAGCAUUCUCUUGCUAAUCAUUGCCGUGGCUCUGCUUUGGGGAUGUCUCCACACCAUGUGUCCAGCAAAGAGGGACCCAGGAAGAGGAAACCAGCCAGGUCCGAACCAUCCACAUCUGCCUCUGACCCCCAUGGAUGGAAACAUGGGAAGUGAAGGAAGAAAAAAUCUAUAUAUGCCCGGUUGCAGCGAGGACGACUCUCAGAACGCAACGGUGAUCGAGAAUCCUUUUCGAGUCGAGCAUGGCAGAGAAAUGGCAAAAGGGCAGAGUUGUGAACUUCGAACACAAAGUAAUAAACACAGAUUUGGCGAGUCAAAAUAACUGGGGAGCCAAAUGUGAUAUACUGCCCCCAAAAUUCAAACUAUUACAACUUACACAAUGAGGACAAUGAACUUGAAGGCAUUUUGAGGAAAUGAGGCUCAGGCAGUUGGGCUGGGCUGAUGGGGUUAAAUUAGCAUUUAAAUGUUGACAACAUCAUUAGCUAAUCAACCAAGAAAACCUAAAGGAGGCCCCAUGGCUUACACUGUACUGGACUUUAAGGUGCACACUGUUUUGGUAUACCUUUCUAAUAAGGUUAAAUUUGUAAACACGAGUUAAUGCAUUCAUUAUAAGAAUUUAUUCAUCUAGGUUUAUGUUAAAUUAAAAAAAAAAAAAUUCCUCCGAUUAUUUGAUUUUUU